UGGGGUAUGUAUUAUUGUAAUUGUAAUCAAUCACUAGGUAGGUACGUACGUUUUUGUGUGUAUCAGACAGAGCUGAGAAGAAACUGUUUUGAGUUAUAAUAACGUAAUGCUAUAAAUUCGUAAGAUCAUUUCUGCAUAAAUGCAAAGUGACUGUAACGAGUGAAAAUGAGCAAUAGGAAGGAGAGCUUGAAGAAGUCUUUAGGGAUAACGGAGUACCCUUGGAGUUCAGAUGAUGAUGAAACUGAGAGAUCUCAGGCAGUUCCUGAGUUUUCUGUGAGAAGAGCUCGCAAUGAACAAGAGAUGUCAAAUCGUGGAAAUGGAUCUGAUGCACCUGGAACUAGUGCUCAACCUCCACCAACGUCGGCACCUUCCCAAUCGUCCCCAAGGAGGAGUCAGCUCUUCUGGUCUUUGUCCCUGAGCAAUCCUCACAGAAUGUCAGCUAUUAGUGUUCCUAGAAACAGUUCCAGGCUAGAGGUGCCGCUGUCUUUAGUUUCGCGGCCGUCGCAUUCAUCGGAAGGGCGAGGCGAGCGUUCUUCCGCCUCUACCAACCGCAAUAACGCAGCGUUGGACGUCCAGCGCAUCUUCGCCUUCCGCCGACUCAACCGGAACCUCAACAACUACCGCGCGAGUAGAAGCGGGUCACACCUCUACGCUAUCCCGCGCAGCGAGCGACGCAGUUCAGCUCGAAAUAGCAGAGACUCAAUAUACUCCACGCCAUCAGUCGCGCUCUCAAACAACGUCACGGCGCUUAUCAAAGCCAGAUCGAGAAGGAAUUUGCCGCGUCAUUCAUCACAAUCUGCCAGAAAUGUGAACCCCACGCUUACUGAGGCAGUGAUGGUAGACACUGAAGAGGCGAACAGAGGCAUCUGGCGACCCCUGGCCGACCCCUCUCUGCCUAUCAGCCCGGGAUCAUUAGGAGGCAUCGAGUCUAACGUUCAAACUGUUAACUUAGACCAAUCUGAUGAAUUAGAUGAAUUGGUCCUCCCAGAUGAGAGCUCAUUGACAGAACCUAACAACAGGAAUGAUACUGGCAUGGAGUCAGAAACAGGCGAAGGUGGAUCGCACAACGUGUCGGGCGUAUCGCUAGAGGAGGAGAUAGUUGAGAUCGACGUGGGGACCGACCCGCCGCCGCAGCCUAACGAGAACAACAUCGUCGCCCGCUCCGAUGACCACUCGCCUAAUGAGGAGCAUGCUGUGGCAAACACGAGCUCAGCAAGUGAUGACGCUCCACAACAGCAAGGAGUCAAACGUAAAAGAGAAUCUGAUGAAGAUAAUAUUGAUCCCUGUACGGUGAAAGAAUUCAACCAGAACCUGCUCCGCGUGCUGGAGUGCCCGGUGUGCCUGGAGUGGAUGGAGCCGCCGAUGACGCAGUGCCGCCGCGGGCACCUGGUGUGCGGCCGCUGCCGCGCGCGGCUAGCCUCCUGCCCCGUCUGCCGCACCGCCUUCUCUUCCGUCAGGAACCGCGCUAUGGAGAGCGUGGCGGAGAUGCUGCGCUACCCGUGCCGGCACGGCUGCGGGCGCGACCUGCGCCUGCGCCGCCGCAACACGCACGAGGCGUCAUGCGCCGCGCGCCGCUACCGCUGCGUCGCGCCCGCCUGCACCGACCGCGCCGGCAUCGCCUUCCAUGAGCUCUCGCAUCACUUCCAGGUAUACUUCUUCAUAUGUCUCAUGAAGUUGUUAUAUAUAUUGAGUUUUUACAAUAUGUUUUUAUUGUAUUGUUUGUCAUUGCAGAACAAGCACUUGUCUAUGGUGAAGAUUGGUCGCAAGCACAAGUUCGCAAUGAAGGUGAACUCUGAACAGCAUGACAACUGGAUUAUCAUGGCGUUACACCAAAUAUUUCACUUGCGCGUUGACGUCGACAUCCGCACGUGGGGCGUCGUUGUCUACGUCGCAUACCUCGGACCCAAGUGUAAUGCCAACCAGUACAAUUAUGAGGUGACGCUCAUCGGUCAACACAACUCUCGCAAGUUGAUGUACACACGCACAACGCACUGCGACCUGGAGUGCUCGUCGUUAAACGUGAGCCGGCAGGACUGCUUCCACCUCACGCUGGACCAGGCGCUCAACUUCCUCCGCGUCAAGAACCGCCACUGCGAGCCGGAUAAGUUCCUCUACUUCAAUGUGGAGAUCACCAAGAAUGAGGUCCCCGAGGCGCGGGAGGAGUCCGACUCCUGAGACGAGUCGUACCGGUGCGAGGGCGCGGCGGGGGGCGCGGCCCGCCGACCCCGCCGAGCGCGGCCAGCCCUCGCCUGCGUCUUCUCACGCCCGUGCAGUUGCAACCGGUACUUCUAAAGACAAUGUUCGUGGCCGCGUUAUAGACAACGCAACCGCGCUACAACGACCGUACAUACAACUCGAUCGUCUUCGUUUUCUACUCGUUUUCUUUAAUGAAUAGGGGUACAAAAAUGUUUAUACAUAAUGAAGAUUAAUUUAUUACAUAUUGUGAUCUCAUCGGGGAGUUUUUUAUAAACAGAUUUUAAAAAUCGAUACUUAAGGCGUCUGAAUUAUGCUAUUAUUUUUCGCUGUUAUUUUUAUUGUAAUUUAAAAGAAAGUAUAAGUUUAUGAAUAAUUGUUUAGUGUACACAGAGACAUAUGUUUCACAUUUAGCAAUAGUAAGUAGAACUGGAUGUGGGUCAGUGACAAUUAGCUGACUAGUUAUAAUUACUCUCUUAUAUGCCGUAGUACCUUCAUGUCUGUAGCCGAUCUCUGUUGUAUACUGAUCUGAGUGUUAAUUAACAGAAUAAAAUAAUAAAAUGUUCAAUAUCCAA